AUGAGCGGUGGCGUGAAUUUUAAAGUCAUGUCUCAGAGUCAGAGCGACGCGGGUGUCGGCUCGAGCCUGCCUUUACCCCGAAGCAUGUUGCCUCUCUCCAAGGUGGACCCCAAACAACAAUUCGGUGGCCCCCUCAAUCCCACAGUGCAGUAUCAGCACGGAGCCAAAAGCCGACCUCCCUAUUCUUCAGCCUCCGUGUCCUCGGGUGCUGCAGAGCUGCUGACGGGUGCAGCUUUAAAGAACCACCUGCUGCAACAAAAAGCUGGCAUGUAUUAUCACCGAAGUCCAGCAGCUACAGAGCGAAGCGAUGGAACGUGCUCGGCAUACAGCAGCCCUCAGAUACCAAAGAGAGAAGCCCCGCGCUCUAAAGACACGCUGGACCUCCGCACCAGCACGCUGACCCACAAGGCUCUGCGAGACCUCCAGCUGCGACGAACCACCAACAAAAACUGGACCUUUGGAAAAUAUCGUCUGCGGAGCGUGGACAAUGCGGCUGACAAUGACGCCUUGUGCCGGCUCUCUGCCAACGUCCAGUUAGGCCACGGACGAGGACGCCUGCUGUACACUAAAGGUGCGAAUGGGAAUGAAAUAUCAGGUGUGUCCUCAUCUGGAAUGGCCAACCACCAAAGACAGGGGAGGAACAUCUCCAACCAGGACCUGCGAGCUUCUGAAGGAGAGGUGUCCAGCAACAAAUCAAGGUCUCCUCAUCAAGCAUUCAACAUGCCACGCAGAGGGAGUGAGCCAGGAAAAGUCAACAUGGCCGCUGUUGCUCCCUUCAGGUUCAGGUUUCAGGUCCACGAGGACCCAGAUGCCUCCCUUGAUGAUCUUAGUGACUGUUCCUCUGAUUCCAUGGAGGUCUGCUGUGACGAUCUAGGGGGCAUGCUUGGAAAUAGUGUGAAAGGCAGAGGAGAUUUGAAGAUGGAGAGGACUGAUAGCACAAAGGCAUACGGCCAAGCAGAUGGCAAAGGAGUUGGUAUGGCAGCUAAGAGGGCCAAGUCUGGGGUGCCCCAGAGCACACAGCGGGGUGAACUGAAGGUUUACCGGCCGGGUAGCUCUGAUGGCAGGCUACCAGUGCCCUCCAGUCUCCGCAAGCAGAGGUCUAUGACAAACCUGGCUGUGCUCACUGAUGCUGAGAAGAAGUUGCACCUUUAUGAGCCCAAGUGGUGUGAUGACAUGGCCAAGCCUGGAGCCGGGCAGACCAAGACGGGCAAGCCAAAGACGGCGGGGGGUGGCAGCAGUGCCGGAGGGGGUGCCCCUCUCUCUCGAAAUCUAUCCAAAUCUGAACACUCGCUGUUCCAGGGCAAACCCAAGCCCUUCAGCCCUCUGGCUGCCCCCUCUGCUCUGAGCAAGCAGAGUCGCAUUCCUCGGGGUCCUUACGCUGAGGUGAAGCCCCUGAGCAAGGCACCUGAGGAUGGCAAGUCAGAUGACGAGAUCCUCUCCAGCAAGGCCAAGGCCAACGCUAAGAAGCAGGGAGCUGGAGCCGGAGUGGAGUCCGGUUCCAAAGGCCAGGGGGAGGAAGGGGGAGACAAGCCCUUCCUGAAGGUGGACCCAGAACUGGUGGUGACAGUGCUGGGCGACCUGGAGCAGCUGCUCUUCAGUCAGAUGUUAGACCCUGAGUCCCAGAGGAAGCGGACCGUGCAGAAUGUUCUUGACCUUCGCCAGAAUUUGGAGGAUACCAUGUCGAGUCUGCGGGGCUCGCAGCUUAGCCAUAGCUGUCUGGACAGCAGUAACGUGGGCUAUGACAGCGAUGAGACCAACGCUCGCAGCAUAUCCAGCCUGUCCAACCGCUCCUCACCUCUGUCCUGGCGCCAUGGCCAGUCCAGCCCUCGACUGCAAGCGGGCGACGCCCCGUCCUCCACAGGUGGAGGGUACCAGGGGGGUAAGACCGGCUCCCAGUAUACGGCCCACACGAUGCCAGCUCGCUGCUCCAGCCGCCUCAGCAGCACGUCUCGCAUCGAGCUCAUCGAAGGGUUGGACGUGGAUGACGCCGACCUCAAGUCUGGUUACCUGAGUGACAGUGACCUUCUGGGAAAGAGCCUCCCGGACGAUGACGACAACCUAGCAAACGGCUGGGACGAGAGCAGCUCCAUCAGCAGUGGACUCAGCGACGGUGACGGCGAUGGCUCGGAGAACCUCAGUUCAGAGGAGUUCAACGCCAGCUCCUCCCUCAACUCCCUCCCGAGCACACCCCUGGGAUCCAGACGCAACUCUUCUGUUAUGCUCCGCACUGAUGCAGAGAAGCGCUCCCUGGUGGAAAGUGGACUGUCUUGGUACAGCGAGGAUGGCAAAGCCAGCCACAAGCUCAACAGCUGCAGCUAUGACACGGGGAGUCUGAAGGCGGAGGCCCCCAGCAAGUGGAGGAAGAAGCCACCGAGCCUCAGCGAGGACUCGGGGGGUAAAGGAGAACUGAAGAAGCCUCAAAGUUUGGGUCAGCCAGGAAGUUUCAGGAAGGGUCGUAAUCCUCCUGUAGGCGUGACCUCCCCCAUCACCCACACCUCUCAGAGCACGCUGAAGGUCGCAGCACCUAAAAGUGAGAAGCCACUGGAUAAAUCCAAGAUGUCCAUCAAAACUGCUGGUCUACAACGGUCUCGUUCAGAUGCUAGCAGGGAUCAUCAUGGAGAGCACCGCAAGCCCCCGUCAGGUUUAGUUAAACCCACUGCUGGAGCCUCCUUCGGCUACAAGAAACCACCGACGGCCACCGGUACCGCCACUGUUAUGACAGCAGGGGGCGCCACCAUCUCCAGUGGCUCUGCGACUGUGGGGAAAACCCCCAGAUCAUCUGGAAUCCCUGUGAAGCCUGUGGGAGGAGGAAUACCCUCGGGUCGAAAGAACAGUUUUGAUGCCAGCAGUGAGCAGAGCUUCCUGGGGCCAAACGCCCGAAACAGCAUUCAGUACCGCAGCCUGCCUCGACCGGCCAAGUCCAGCACGCUCAGCGUGAUUGGUCGGCCCGCACCCCGGCCUGUCAGCGGUACCAUUGACCCCAGUCUGUUGAGUUUGAAACCUGUGCCCAUGGCCUCCACGGGCCCCCGGGUUAAAGAGCCCGGGAGCUGCGGCAGUAAGAUGGCUAAUCGAACGUGCACGGGCCCAGUGAACCAGACAGACCGGGAGAAGGAGAAGGAGAGAGCCAAGGCAAAGGCUGUGGGUGCUGACGUAGACUGUGGAUCUCUGAAAGGAGAGGAGGCUCAGUCCACAGGAGAGUCUGCUGUGAAACUGCACGGCCUGAGACGGACCAGCAGCAGCAAAUACCCUGAACUGUCAUCACCCACCACACCAAGGAUGCUGAACACUAAGUCUCUGGGUCGUCCACCCAGCUUGGCCCACCUGGACAAGGUCAACUCCAACAGUCUUGACUCCUGUGUGACCAUUCAGGACCUCCCACCCAAAGUCCCCCCGUAUUCCAAGCUGCAGGACUUGGCUGGUACCCACACCUCCGCCCGCCUCACCCCCAGCCCGGCGCCCGUGCUCCACAUCGAUUCGCCCGGCUCCUACACCAGUGACAGCCUGAGUCUGAGCGGGUCGCCGCUGCUCUACCCCAAGCUGUCUGGCAUGCACCGCAGCAUGGAGUCCCUGCCCCUCCAGAUGAGCGUGCCCUCCAGCGCGAGGUUCGUCAAAGCUGAGACGCAUGACAAGGAGGAGCGGGGUCCGGGGACCUGGGGGGCCGGAACCAGGACCUCCCUCAACCUCGCAGACAGCUUACAAACAGACAGAAACACCUUGCCGAAGAAAGGCUUAGAACGCUAUGGCUCAAGCCUGUCAGACAGCGAUGGAAGCAAACCGGGCAGGCGCCACUCCCACACCAUAGUCAGCAUGACAGAGAGCGACAGCCCCCCUCAGCUGCCUUCUCCCACCCGCCCGCUCCACCCCUCCUCCGGCAAGGCUCCCCUCACCAGCGUGGUCGCCCCAAUUUCCAGCGGCACCCCGAGGAUAUCGCGCUCCAACAGCAUCGGCCCCCCCAGUGACUCAGCCAGCAGUCUGUAUGGAUCCUCCCCCCUGGGCAGCAGUGUGUCCCUGGCUGACCGGCCAAAAAGCAUGAUGCGGUGCGGGUCUUUCCGUGAACCAGCGGACGAUGUGCAUGGCUCUGUGCUCUCUUUGGCGUCCAAUGCUUCAUCCAACUAUUCGUCGAAUGAGGAGAGGAUACAAGGGGAGCAAAUCCGCAAGUUAAGGCGAGAGCUGGAAUCCUCCCAGGAAAAGGUUGCCGACUUGACCAUGCAGCUUUCUGCCAAUCUAGGCCAGGCUAAUCUGGUGGCAGCGUUUGAGCAGAGCCUGGCGCUGAUGACGGCACGCCUGCAGACCCUGUCGGCCUCCUCCGAGCAAAAGGUUCUGUGAGUGAAAGAGAAGCUGCCAAGUGACAUAGUUGUUCUGGAAAUGAGAUGUGGGUCAAAGGACUCUGAGCUCACAGAGCUGAAGGACACCAUCGAUAUUCUGAAGACCAAAAAUACAGAGGCACAAGAAAUCAUCCAGGGGGCGCUCAGUAAUCCGGACAUCACACCUAAAGAGCUGCUGAUCAAUCGGCAGAACUCCUCAGAGAGCAUCUCCAGCCUCACCAGCACCACCAGCCACUCCAGUAUGGGCAGUCUGAAAGAGCAGGAGGCCAAGAAGAAGAAGAAGAAGAGCUGGUUACGCAGCUCCUUCAACAAGGCCUUUAGUAAGAAGGGCUCCAAGCCGUCAGGGCCGUAUGCUGACAUUGAGGAAAUUGCCACCCCGGAGUCCUCUGCGCCUUCCUCCCCCAAAGUGCACCACGAAGGAGACAAUCGUCCAUCGUCAAUUAAAUCCUCCACCUUAGCAUCGUCAUCAGGAGUCUGUGAAGGAGGCGAGGUGGCGGACGAUAAGGUCGUAUCGGAGCUGCGUACGGAGCUGUGGGAGAAGGAGCGUAAACUGACAGACAUCCGCCUGGAGGCUCUCGGCUCCGCCCAUCGCCUGGAGCAGCUGCAGGAGGCCAUGACCAGCAUGCAGAUGACAGUGGAGAACCUGAAGGCUGAGAACGACCAGCUGAAGACAGGCGGCCUGUCCCCCUGUCCAUCCCCCGGUCCCUCCAGCUCCGUGUCCCAGUCCUCGGGUCUCACUGCUCUGGGGAGCUCAUCACCUCGACAGUCGGUCGCCAUGCACAUGCCGAAGAGCUACAGCAGAGGGCUGAGUGAGGGGAGCAGCUCAGCAGAUGUGCACUCUGCAGAUUCUCUCAGCCUUUCCUCUCAGAGAGACGAUCACCGCGUUAGGGUGGUGGUUUGCGUCGCAGAUUUACACGUCUUCAAAGAUGAAGUUAAACAGCAGGAUUUCUUCGUCGGCACCGUCAGGGUGAAUGGCAGGAUGGACUGGCCCAUGCUGGAUUCAGCUGUCAGCCAGGCUUUCAAGGUGUACAUAGCCAAGGUGGACCCCACUGCCAGCCUGGGCCUGUCUACAGACUCCAUCUACAGCUACAGCAUGGGCCACAUCAAGAGGGUGCUGGGAGGAGAAGCUCCAGAGACACAGCCCUCUCGCUGCAUGUCCCGAGGCCCCAGUGGCAUCACGGUGGCUCUGAAAGGUUUGAAGGAGAAGUGUGUGGACAGCCUGGUAUUCGAAACCCUCAUUCCCAAACCCAUGAUGCAGCACUACAUCAGUCUGCUACUCAAACACCGCCGUCUCAUCCUGUCUGGGCCGAGCGGGACGGGCAAGAGCUACCUCGCCUCCCGGCUGGCUGAGUACCUAGUGGACCGAAGCGCCCGCGAAGUCACCAGCGGCAUCGUGGUCACUUUCAACAUGCACCGCCAGUCGUGCAAGGACCUACAGCUAUACCUGUCCAACCUGGCCAAUCAAAUCGAUCGGGAAACCAGCACGUCAGAAGUGCCGCUGGUAGUUAUUCUGGAUGACAUUCACGACCCCGCUUCCAUCAGCGAGCUGGUAAAUGGUGCCCUCACCUGCAAAUAUCACAAAUGUCCUUACAUUGUUGGAACAAGCAAUCAGCCGGUGAAGAUGACAGCGAACCACGGCCUUCAUCUCAGCUUCAGGAUGGUGACCUUCUCCAACAAUGUGGAGCCGGCCAACGGCUUCCUGGUGCGCUACCUGCACAGGAAGCUGAUGGAGUCCGAGGAUGAGAGAAGUUUGACCAACGAGGACCUGAUGAGGGUGUUGGACUGGGUGCCCAAGCUGUGGUAUCACCUGCACGCCUUCCUGGAGAAGCACAGCACGUCGGACUUCCUCAUUGGCCCCUGCUUCUUCCUGUCCUGUCCAGUCACGGUGGAUGAGUUUCAGUCGUGGUUCAUUGACCUUUGGAACCACUCUAUCAUUCCUUACCUGCAAGAGGGGGCCAAGGACGGCAUCAAGGUCCACGGCCAGAAGGCGGUGUGGGAGGACCCAGUGGAGUGGGUGAGGGGCACCCUGCCUUGGCCGUCUGCCCAGCAGGACCAGGCAAAGCUGUUCCACCUGCCUCCGCCCAGCAUUGGCUCCAGCAGCCCCGGCCAGCCCUUCGAGGAGAGGCCUCACAAAGAGACUCCACCCAGCUCCAUGGAGUCCGAUCCACUGAUGGCAAUGCUCUUGAAACUUCAGGAGGCGGCCAAUUACAUUGAAUCCCCUGACAAAGAAGACCCUAGCCUGCCUAAACUUUGAACACUUAGCACUUCAAGUUAAAUUUUUUUUGUUUUUGUCCGCUGUAAUGAUGCAGUGCACAUUCAGGAACAAAGGAACCCUCAGAAAUGGUUGUAGGGUGAUUUAAACUGUCAUUCCCCCAGUAGGUUAAAAGUGUAACUGGGUAACUACAAAUCUUAACGCAUACAGUAUUUUCAAAAGACUGUUAACACGCAUUGAAUGAAAUAUAUUCUUUUCCUUUCCUAUAUGUUUGACUGGAUGACAUUCACUUCAGUUCCCUUCCCUUUACCGCCGUGUUAGCCCUCAGUACUCUUAGAUCGGUGCUAAUAGAUCAUUAUGAAACUCAUCGUCUCUGCACUUAGACUUCAGGGGAUUUCUGCAACAGCACACGCAGUCUGUCCUGCCCAAGUGCAUCAUGGGAUAUGGGGUGCUUGUCAACAGGAGCUAUUCUCAAUUAUGGUGACUCAUUUCUGGAAAAGAGUAUGACAGCAUGACAGACGCUACUGUUUAUUGCAAAGUUCUUUGGUACAUAUCGACUGUAUAAGUCUCUGUAGGCCAAAUCUUAUACAUAUGCAAUCCUGAACUUUACAGCCCGAGCAGGUGAAACGAAUAAAAUGCCUUAAGAAAAAAGACGUCAGUGUCACCUCAACUUCAGCAGAGUAUACUGGUGCUUUCAUCAAUAUCAUCCCAGCCAAGAAAUCAAGUAUUUCUUCAACUCCACAUUAUUUAUUUCAAAGAAUCAUCUUUUUUUAACAGUAUGAAAUGAUAAAUAAUUCCAGGAUAAAGUAUCAGUAUACUUGUUCACAUAUUUUUCCACCUACUUUAUCAUUUUAAUAGCUUAUAAGUUGAAAAGUUAAACUUGCUGUCAUACUCUUUUACAUAAAACCAAACUUAUUUAUCAGUGAUGUGAGUUUGUCACUUUUUUCGCUGCAGAGAAACAUAUUUUCCAGACACUUCAUUUACUUUUAUGAACUGCUUCAUGUGAAACAAGCAGUGUCACCAAUCUUGCCAUAUACAGUAUAUCAGGUAUUAGAUACACAGGGAUAAUAUAACAUAACAAACACCCUCUGAUUAAACAGAUCAAGAAAAUUCUAUUGAAUCCAAAUCAGAUUUUUUUAAAUUACAUCUAUCUAGGAAAGACUAAUUUGUUUCAAAUCUUUCUCCCCAUAUUCAGAGUAGUUAUUGUAUAUAUUUGUACAUACAAUCAGGCUACAUCGCAGUUAUUUUAUCUAUAUUAGUUGGUGCAAAUAUCUAAUAUACUGAACCAAAUACUGUACUUUAAUCAUGCAUAUUGACUGUCAAGUUAGGGGUUUAAGUUCAACUCUGAAUGUAUAGAAAACACUUAUAAAUCAACCAUGUAACAGUAUCAAUCGUUUAGUAGGUGCUUUUAAAGGAAGCCUUAUCACAAAGCUCCACUGCAACACACUUUUAACAAUGGCUGAGUACAGUGACUUUAAAGCAACCUAUGCCCAUUUCAUUUGCAACAGUUCAUGCACAGAACUUAAAAUUCUCAUUCUUAAUGUCACUCAUGCUUAUUAUCAUCAUUUAGGUGCGUAUGGUGCUCUUUAACAAUGUCCCAAACUGUUUCGGUGUUGAACACAGAUCAUGUAGACUUUCAGGGUAGGCUAGCAAAGAGUUUUGUGCUGUCAGACGCUAAAGAAGCGUGAAAUAGAUCUGAGAGACGACUCCAGAUGUUUUUUUUAGGACGUGUUGUUGAAGACAUUACGUGGAGACCGUCAAGUCGUGUGAGACAUUGUAUGGUGUGCGCCCAUGUUGAUGUCGUACGGUAUUCAUAUCCGAGAACAUUUUGGGUACGCGGCACAGUCAUGAGCUGAUUCCGGAGAUUAAUUGUAUCAAAGCACGUGAGAAAAGCUUAAGAUUUAAAUACUUUUUUUUGGUUCUUUGUGUAGGUUUUUUUGUAAAGAAGCCCUAAUGGAUUAACGAAGCACAUGGUGGUGCAAGUGGUGUGGAAGUAAUUCACCUGUUCGUCCCAAACUGUCACUGUUCAGGUGCUCGGACUAAACUUCACAUGUACAUAAACCCUGUAAAUGAAUGUCAGACCACUUUUAUGACAGCUUGAUGAGAAAGUGUAACAUUUUAAGCAGUGUCUGAGCUCUUUGUUGCUUUGUUCGCUUAAAGCUAAGAAGAAAAUGAAUGCGCAGCUCUGAUUGGUCACCUGUAAACAAAAAAAAAGAUGAACUAAAGACAUGAAAGAGCAAAAAAGAUGACAGUGACUCUCACUGGUCACAUGCCGAUUGAGAAUAAUUUCAGUUAUUGUAAAUAUGUCAGGUAUUAGACAGUAUUACCAACCCCACCCUGGUCUGUUUCUGCAGGUUAACUAAAGCCAUCAGCUCGAGCUUCUCAUCUCAUUCACUGGUUGUUGUGCCUGUUGCUCUGUAGUAGCUGUGAUUUGUGUUUGCUUACUGUUGUAUCAGGACUAUGCAGCAACUUCUACUGGUGUUGGCAAUCAACAAAUGUCUGAACCUAACGAGCAAACUCGGCGUGUUUUCAUCUGGUCUGUCUUUGAGUUCUUGAUUUGGACCAAAUUGCAUCCCAGGAUAAAAAGUGGAAGCUUGUUUUAGCAGGUGAGCCUUAAGGUGAGCUGGAUUUGUUUGGUGUUGUGUUGAGAACAGGGUUCAUAGAUGCAGUUAAAGAUAUGAAGAUGCUUCGUGUGUUUUGUCCUUAUGAAUGGGGCCAAAAGUGUCAUAACCGGACUUGUAGAUGGUCAAAUGACGAUAAACAAACCAAGAAAAAGAUUAAAAAUCUUAUUAUGGGCCGGAAACAGUUGUUAAGAAUCAGCACUUGACCGUUUGCAUAUUUUAAGUAGAAUUAAACCAGAUAGAUUAAAUCUGAUAUCUUAGGCCAAUACAGGUUGCUGAAUAGUCAUAUUUUUGCAAAGCUUGUUGUGGACUAAACUAAGACGUUAAAAAAAAAAAAAGAUGUUAUGCGGUAUCUAAUGUCACUGAUGUGCAAAUGUUAAGGGUUGUGUUGUAAAUGCAUGUAAACUUGCUGUGUGACGAGAAAAACGUUAACAUUAAUGUAUUGUUUCGGAAAAUCAUUCGAGAUAAUGUUUUCCUCUUUAAUACUCCGAUAUUUGAUAUUUCUUUUCUUUUUUUUCUAAAGAAUCCUUUGUAAAAGUUAAUUUCUCUAUUUUGUACAGGACAUCAUUGUAAAGAUUGUAAAUAGGUCAGCAUUCUGGAUGCGGCAACAAUCAUUAACAAGGGGGGGCGAUCAUCCUUGAGGGAAAGGUACAUUUCUUCAGAGUUGGGUCCGAUCCAUGGACGAGGCAUGUUUCUGGAGGCUUUCAUCCACCUAUCACUGGUUGUUGGA